AUGCAACUCGACUCGGCUGGUGCUGACCCGAGCAAGGCGGGUGAAGUGGCAGACUGUAUCCAGCAGCUUGCAGUCUAUGCAGCCUGGCAUGCUGCAAACCUGCGAUCCUUCCUGUGGUCCUCGGCAGAUCGUGACAAGCAGAAGGCGGAGGCUCUGGCGCAGGAGCUGGAAGGGCUGAUGCCUGCAGCCGAGGCGCAAACCAUCAAGGCCUUGGCUUUUCGCGCAGCCUGGUUUACUGCCAACCAGCGCCGCUUCAACUUUGCCGAUGCUGCUGAAGACCAAAGGGCUGUAGAGUUCUAUGCCGACCUUCUGGCGAGUCUCACCAACCCCGAGCUCGCGAAGAACAUCAAGUCUCUGUCGUUGAAUGCCUCCUGGCACGCAGCCAACAGCAGAUCCAUGCUCUGGAGAGAUGCCCGCGAGGAUGCCUGCCGCUUCGAGCGCGACUGCUCGAAGCUGGCGACGCUGCUCCGGCCCCAAUCAGGGAGGCAACAGCCGGAGAACGACGGGGAGGAGAGUGAAGGAUUCCGAACCCCUCGAGAAACGGAGGAGGCGACACCAACGGCGCUGCGGCGAUGCAACUCCGUGUUGGACGAGAUCGUCGUAGCCUGGCAAGCCGUCAAAGUCUCCGAUGGUUCCACGGAGGCCUCCAGCUUCCUCUCUGCGGCCUCCGUUACGGUCAUGGUCUUCGAUGUCUUUGGGAAGCUGCUCCAGGGCUUCCAGGCAGACAUGCGCAAGAACAUCGAGAUGAUCCAGCAGCACGUCAGGGGCGAGAUCUCCCUGGAGCCGGGAUGUGAGGGGCGGGGGGAAAGGCUGCAGGAGAAGCUCAUCGACGACGAAGCCAAGGCCGCGGGCUCUCAUGUGAAGGCCCUUCGCGAAGGCAGCGCCUCCAUGGGCUUGCUCUGGCUUUCCCGGAGCCUUCGCCUCCUCCAGACCAUGUUGGCCAAGCUGGACGCGGGGCAGCUCGUCUCCGUCUCCGAAGUUCCCGAGCAUGAAGCGGUCAACUAG